CGCUGGCUCCGCUGGCUCCGCGGGCGCUCGGCUCGGCUCGGCCGCGGGGCGCGCAGGCGGCUGCCCGGCGGCCUCGGUGCGCGCCUCCCGCCCUCCCGGAGACGGGGCGCGAGGCCCGGGCCCCGAGCGCCGACUGCGGGGAUCCCCGGCGCCAGGAGGGGGUGCAGCCGUGGGCAGCGCCGCUCAGGGAGGGGCCGCAGCAUCCUCGCCCCCUGCGCGCCCGGGCCCGAGAGGAGGAGGCCGGGGCUCUCCGGGCCUCCCGACGCUGAGCCUGACGCUGGAGGGGCGAAGGUGAGUGAAGGUGGCAGAGAGGAUGUGACCGACACUCACCCUUGUCCACCUGCCCAGUGGCACCGCCAUGCAGAAGCCCAGCGGCCUGAAGCCCCCCGGCCGUGGGGGGAAGCACUCCAGUCCCAUGGGCCGGACGUCCACCGGGUCAGCUUCAUCCUCAGCAGCGACAGCCACUGGCUCCAAGGAAGGCUCCCCGCUACACAAGCAGUCAUCGGGACCCUCCGCGGCCGUAGCUGCCGCCCCCGAGAAGCCAGGCCCCAAGGCGGCCGAAGUGGGCGAUGACUUCCUGGGGGACUUUGUGGUGGGCGAGCGGGUAUGGGUGAACGGCGUGAAGCCAGGCGUGGUGCAGUACCUGGGCGAGACGCAGUUUGCGCCGGGCCAGUGGGCUGGCGUGGUGCUGGAUGACCCGGUGGGCAAGAAUGACGGCGCGGUGGGUGGCGUGCGCUACUUCGAGUGCCCGGCUCUCCAGGGCAUCUUCACACGGCCCUCCAAGCUGACCCGGCAGCCCACGGCCGAGGGCUCGGGUAGCGAUGCCCACUCCGUGGAGUCGCUGACUGCCCAGAACCUGUCACUGCAUUCGGGCACAGCCACACCCCCGCUGACCAGCCGCGUCAUCCCCCUGCGGGAGAGUGUCCUCAACAGCUCCGUGAAGACGGGCAACGAGUCGGGCUCCAACCUCUCGGACAGCGGCUCUGUGAAGCGGGGUGACAAGGACCUGCGCCUGGGGGACCGUGUGCUGGUCGGCGGGACGAAGACUGGCGUGGUGCGGUACGUGGGGGAGACAGACUUUGCCAAGGGCGAGUGGUGUGGCGUGGAGCUGGACGAGCCUCUUGGGAAGAAUGACGGAGCGGUGGCAGGCACCAGGUACUUCCAGUGCCCACCCAAAUUUGGUCUCUUUGCACCCAUCCACAAGGUGAUCCGUAUUGGCUUCCCAUCUACCAGCCCAGCCAAGGCCAAGAAGACCAAGCGUAUGGCCAUGGGUGUGUCAGCACUGACCCACAGUCCCAGCAGUUCCUCCAUCAGCUCUGUCAGCUCUGUGGCCUCCUCUGUGGGGGGCCGGCCCAGCCGCAGUGGCCUGCUCACGGAGACCUCCUCACGCUACGCCCGAAAGAUCUCGGGCACCACGGCCUUGCAGGAGGCACUGAAGGAGAAGCAGCAGCACAUUGAGCAGUUGCUGGCCGAGCGAGACCUGGAGCGGGCCGAGGUGGCCAAGGCCACGAGCCACAUCUGUGAGGUGGAGAAGGAGAUCGCCCUGCUCAAGGCGCAGCAUGAGCAGUAUGUUGCAGAAGCCGAGGAGAAGCUGCAACGAGCCCGGCUGCUGGUGGACAGCGUGCGGAAAGAGAAGGUAGACCUGUCCAACCAGCUGGAGGAGGAGAGGAGGAAGGUGGAGGAUCUGCAAUUCCGUGUGGAGGAGGAGUCCAUCACCAAGGGAGACCUGGAGACCCAGACGCAGCUGGAGCACGCGCGCAUUGGGGAGCUGGAACAGAGCCUGCUACUGGAGAAGGCGCAGGCCGAGCGGCUGCUCCGAGAAUUAGCGGACAACAGGGUAACCGCGCCACCACGCCCGCCUGGCCUGCCAGCCACCUUGCCCUCUGGUGCCCCCUCCGGCUUCUCUGUUUCAUUAUUGACUUUCUUUAGCUGCUAUCAUCUAUUUUUUUUUCUUUUGUACCCCCUUGGAGGAGGGAAGUCAAGAUUUAGAAAUGUAUUUAUGCAGCCGGGCGUUCAUGCCUGGAGCCUGAAACAUGGGGCAGGAGGGCCCGGCCUGAAGGCCCUGGGGCUGAGGACGUGGUGGGGCUUUUUCGGGAGUGGAGGUGUCCCCAGGAAAUGGGACUGUGAUGGGUCCUGGAGCCAUGGAACAGCUGUGCUUGUGGGAGCAUCCCCCUCACAGGGGCUCUUUUUGCAGAUGAUUGAGUCGAAUGACAUUUCAGAGGAGACAAUCAGGACGAAGGAAACCGUGGAGGGCCUGCAGGACAAGCUGAACAAGAGGGAUAAAGAGGUGACAGCCUUGACCUCCCAGACCGAGAUGCUCAGGGCCCAAGUAAGUGCGCUGGAGAGCAAGUGCAAGUCCAGCGAGAAGAAGGUGGACGCCCUCCUGAAGGACAAGCGGCGCCUGGAGGCGGAGCUGGAGGCCGUGUCCCGGAAGACCCACGACGCCUCGGGCCAGCUGGUCCUCAUCAGCCAGGAGCUGCUGCGGAAGGAGCGGAGCCUGAACGAACUGCGGGUGUUGCUGCUGGAAGCCAGUCGCCACUCCCCGGGGCCCGAGAGGGACCUGAGCCGCGAGGUGCACAAGGCUGAAUGGCGCCUCAAGGAGCAGAAGCUCAAGGACGACAUCCGGGGCCUGCGUGAAAAGCUGACCGGGCUGGACAAGGAGAAGUCCCUGUCGGAUCAGAGGCGCUACUCCCUCAUCGACCCGUCCUCCACGCCCGAGCUCCUGCGGCUGCAGCACCAGCUGAUGAGCACGGAGGAUGCCCUGCGGGACGCGCUGGACCAGGCUCAGCAGGUGGAGAAGCUGAUGGAGGCCAUGAGGAGCUGCCCGGACAAGGCCCAGACCAUCGGCAAUUCCGGUUCUGCAAACGGCAUCCACCAGCCGGACAAAGCUCAGAAGCAAGAGGACAAGCACUGACCCCAACGGGAUUCCGUGGAGCGGCCCAGUCCACAACAGAGCCCCCUGAAGCUGCCCAGUGGCACCUCCUCCAGGCAGGAGCCGGGACUCUCACUUUGGAGACAAAACAGUGUUUGAAACAAUAACGUACUCACCGCCGUGGACAAUCCCCCACCCCGAUCCCCUGCCAGACCAGGAAGCUUCCUCAAGCCCGGCCUUCCGCAGAGAGUGAGAGCAGUACAGCUCUGGCCCGACCCGGGGACCUUCGGCCCGGAUGCCCGGCAGCUUCCGGAGUUUGUCGGUGAAGGCAGAGGGAUCCAGCCAGGCCCAGAAGGAGCUGCCCUGAUGACCAUCUUAGCACCCCUGUGCUCUUUUUCUGCCUGUUCUCCCUCGGGUCUCCCCGGGGUGCGGGAGGGGGGCUCAGUUUGUCCAUGCAGGCACCAAGGAGGAAAGUCCAGUCUUUGAGUCAAAUGGGAGCCCCUUUUCUGAAGCCACUUCCAGGCCAAGGCAGUCCCCAGGGCUUCUUGUCCCCACCUUCUGAACCUUCUUCAAACAGUGGUACAGGUUCCCCUCAGCCAGCCUGCCUGCCCAGCGAGCCCCCAGGUUCAAGGUGUUGGCAGGUGGGGGACAGGAUCCUCCUCCCCCCGCCCAUCAACACCAACACACACACACACCUCUAAGCUGCUGGCCGAGGAUGUCACCAAGGCCAGAGCCACAGUAUUAUGAAGGUUUGGAAGUCCCUCUCCUCACCUCCCACCGUGACCUUGAGCAAACCCUGGCUCGGAGCCCGGGGCAGGGGGAGCCCGGGGUGGACGCUCCAGGCAGGUUUGACAAAGGUCAGUAAUACGGUGUCCCCUGGGGCUGAGCAGAUCUUCCAAAUCAUCUGUAUCCACCUGCAAAUGCAUAUGAGCGGGCCCUUAUGUACACACCACAUUCACACACACACUCAGAGGGACCACGUGUGCCCACGAUCGUGUGGGUGGUGCCGUGAACCACACCCAGGCCACACAGAGACACAUAUUGGCUUCUGGGACUGAGACCCAGGCCUGGCAGGACAGUACCCACAGACACUGCAGACAUUCCCACAGCUGAGAGGUGUGCCCACACCAGGUACAUGCAGCCGGGUGUUCAGGGGUGUGUGUGCCACACAGAGCAGCCCUUCCUGGUCUCACCAGUCACCUGCACAGCACGCCUCCAGCCCCAUCUCCUCGAGGGGGCGGGGGGGAAGACAAAUCUAACUGUCCCAUGCCCCCCACCCCUACCUGUCUUACCCUCAAGCCUGCUAAGUUAUCCCGGGCCUGUGCGUGCUGGAAGAAGCCAGCCUUGGCCCUGCAGCCUCCUCUCCGCUGGGGAACAGUCGGGUUGCUUACAGCUUUGCCCCCCGGCCACCCGGCAUCAGCACAGGGGGUCCUGCCCCACCCUCUGGCAGCUCAGGGAGUGUUUUCCUAUGAGGCCUCCUCCACCAGGGGACCAGAGGGAGAAGCCCAGUGCCCCAUCCCAGCUUUCCCUUAACGCAGAGGACGCGUGUGCAAUUCAUAGGAACGGCCCAGGCCGCCCUUGUGAGCCCCGCCUGGUACAGGUAGGUGGCACUCACGCUCCUGCGCACGUGCAGCCCAAGUGGGAGUCGGAGUCAGUCCUCUGGGCCCCCUGCCAGUCCCCGUCGGCUUUCGGUAGCUCGCAUGCAGUUCUAACAGCUGUCUAGAAGUGAUGCUUUAGUGGCCUAACCCAGGGUCAAAUACAGCUCUUUCCAGCCAAGUCAGGCAGCUCUGCCCCACUAAUCUGUGGGGGCACCGAUUAGUCCACUAACAGCCAGAGAUCCACCCAGCAGGGCACCGGGAGGAGCUGGGGCUCCUGGUGGUGGGUUUCCCUUGGAGCCUCUUCCUCCAAGGGCCUCUCCACCCACCCGGUGUGGCCGCCCAGGGGCGGGGCUCAGCCAUGUCCCAUGUCCCUUGCCCAGGUCCGUCCCACGCCCCUCCCCUCCCCACAGUGGAAUUGUUGAAGUGUGGCGAGUCUGUGCUCGGGACAAUAAAGCUUGUGACAGGUCCAGGA